GUGUCCCUCCUGGCAAUCUUCUGAUGACAUCCCUGACUAUAUAAAGGGGCAGGUAAGAGUUGACGACAUCCAGUCGAAUUUGUCUCUAGUCUGAGCCAAAGUUGAAAAAAAUAUUCACAAUGUACAAAUCAGUUCUCGCUGUCCUUCUCUUGGUCGCCAUGGCUAGCGCCACUGGAUAUGGAGGCUGGGGAGGUCUUGGAGGUUGGGGAGGCUUUGGAGGACUCGGAGGCUGGGGAGGUCUCGGAGGUGGCUGGGGAGGAUUCGGUGGACUCGGUGGAGGCUACGGCGGUGGCUACGGAUAUGGAGGUGGAUACGGAGGCGGCUAUGGAGGAUACGGUAAAGGAGCCGUCGGAGUUGUGCCUGUUGCUGUUGGAGUUGGUGGAUAUGGUGGAUACGGAUAUGGUGGAUACGGAUAUGGAAAAGGUUACUACUAAAUCAAGAUUCAAACGAGUUAUCUGCCCUUCAUUAUCACACAGUUCUCUUAUUGGCAUGUUAAUCAUGUUUGUUAUAAAUAAACUUUAGUUAAGAAAAUCGAA